AUGAUUACGCCGUUCUCUUUCUUCAGGAGGUCUAAAAGGGAGACCCUUUCUGCCAAACCUGUUGCCUCUCUGGGCCCCUGUAUUUGUACUCGUAACAUCUCGUCUCAGACUGGUUCUAACUCUGUCGACUUGACGAGCCCUCUUGAACCCACCGACUCUCGCGAGUCGUCUUCCAGUCUGUCCAGCUCUUGUGCCUCGUCGAACUUGGACGUCUCUUCUGUCAGCCAAGUUUCAUAUCCCAAUGAACCCCCAUGUCCUAAAGGCGGGUCAGAAGACCCUAUUUUCCUUCCAAACGAAGUCCUACUACAACGGUUUUCGAACCGUAAGAGCGGGUUAAAACUAUCAAAAUGGAAAAUGGAGCAACAGCGUCUGAAAUGCAGACGUUGUAGCACUGCUACUACUGCCAGCACCAACCCCGACAACACCUCUUCUACUUCUGGUCGGUCGAGCUACACUGCUGGCGGUGUCACUAUGUCAGCAUUUGCUGCUUCUGCUUCUGCUUCUGCUUCUGCUUCUGCUACUGCCACCUCAACAACCUCUCGUUGCAACACUUCUUCUACUUCUGCAUCUGUUUCUGCUUCUUCUACUGGCAAUACCACCCUUGAAUGCACGACACUAACCGGCUCCACUGGCUCCAUCACUGUAUCAACACAAUGUCCUGCCUCAUACAAAUACUCCUCAUCCGGCUCGACAACUGCUGCUAUUACCGAAAACUGCCAUGACGAACUGUCCGAUCAAACCCACCCUGGAGUCAUUUACGUUACUUCUGAACGCUUGAUCUUUGUACCUAAGAGCGAGUUGAUUGACGGAUACACCCUGGAUAUCACCAGUCUAAGCUGUAUGAAAGCCAUUGAGUCGACCAAACGUGUGUGGUUCUUCGUGUGUUACAAAGACAACAACAGCAUUGCCACAAUUCCGUUCUCGUCCCAAGCCCGAUGCCAAGCGUUUCUCCGUCUCAUUAAAAACAUCCGGUUCGAGCACAUGGUCCGCCAGUGUCUGCCACCGCGAUACACUCAUUAUUCCAUUCCCGAAGAGACCAACUCGACCAUGGACACCGAUUCUGACUCACCUGCCGACUCCAACUACACCCUAUCUUCUUCUACCCCUCCAAACGAUAACGGUUCAUCUGAAUUCCAACCCGACGAGUGGUGGUACGGCGACAACCAACUGCCCAGUUACAACGACUCUGAAGAAGCUCUUCACAAGUACCUCACGAACCUGGGUCUUCUUACCGAAACUGAGCCACUCGACCGCACCGAGCGCAUUUCCCGCCUCAUUGCCCUUGCCACUGUACCCCAAUCAGUGGCCCUCGACGACUCAACUUCUACCACCACAUCCUCUUCCUCCUCGAACCGGUCUAAUGUCCCCCGCACCACCCAAACUGCCGCGGCCCACGAAGCCUACCACUCGCCCUACGUCUGGUUCUAG